AUGUCUGCUGCCUCCUUCCAAGAACGACAGGAUGAGGAGUUACAAGCUUUGGAGUCGAUCUUUGGACAAGAUAUCAUCGAUCUUAGGAAGAAAGCAGCUUGGAAUAUUUUUCAACCAUUGGAACUAAAACUAACAUUGAAGCCUCAGCAAAGCGUGGGAGGUGAAGAAGGCAAUGUGCAUGUUCAGUUGGAUAUGGUGGUCAAAUGUUCACCUAGAUACCCAGAUGUGGUGCCAGAAAUAUCAUUGGUCAACCCUAAGGGACUCUCCAACCAGCUUGUGGCUGAGUUGAAAGCUGCGCUUGAGAAGGAGGCGAAGGAGGUCGUUGGAGAGGUGAUGAUAUAUCAGCUAGCCGGCAUUGCCCAGGUCUUUCUGCACAAGCACAACAAACCUCCAACGCAGUCUUUCUAUGAACAAAUGAUCAGUAAUAUGAAGCAACAAGAGGAGAGAACAAAGGAGUUGGAGAGGCAGAAGGAAGAACAGAAGCGCCAGCAAAUUGAACAAGACUUGCUUAAGCAGCAGGAAGCUCUGCGAAAUGAAAAAAGGAGACGGAAUGAGGAUCUGAAAACUGUUGAGUCAAGUACACCUGCAGGGACCAGUGCUAAGAUAGUGCAGCCUCACCCACCUCUGUCCCCCAUAAACCCACAGAGAGGAGCCAGAUCUGUGUCCGCCUGCGACUCCGGUUCAGCCAGGAGCCACACCACUGUAUAA